AUGAAAAGUACCCAGAUCAACGUCGACAUCAUGGAGAUUCUCCGCCUGGAGGCCGAGCUGAAGACCUCAUGUGAAAGUGAAACAUCGCAUGUCAGUCUAGACGCCAAGGUGAAUAUCCUCAAGUACCUUCAAGUCCAGGCGGUACAACAGUUUCAAGCAGCGUACGACGAAUUGUACUACAAGCUCAACCUGACGGGAGAGCUUGAUUGUCUUCGCAGCAUCGCCCGGGCCCGAUCGACGGGCUUCUUCCAGCCCAAGGUCCUGGACCUUCGGGGCUGCUGUGAGGACGGACAGCUUGAAAAGAGGCUACAGUUCUAUCUUUAG